AUGGAUCUCAACAAAUGGGUGUCAGACAACACAAUCAAGCUGUUCGGCAUGUCCGAGAGCACCAUGGUCGACUUUAUCAUUGCCACAGCAAAGAAAGCGUCAUCCCCUGAUGCGUUAUAUACAUCUCUACAAGCAGCAGGCGCUCCAGCAGAUGACACAGCACGACGAUUCGCACACGAGUUAUAUGGAAGAGUGCCACACAAGCAGGCAGCAUUAAAUGCCGCAGCAGCAGCAGCCAAAGCACAACGCAAACGUGAGGAGAAAGAAGCAGCUCGGUUACGAAAAGCCAACGAGUCGUUUCGCACCAUCAUGGAAGAAACACCACACGAAGCAGCUUUGAAUGAGGAAGAGGAACGUCGCUUAAGGAAGAAAGAGAAGAAGUUGCGAAAGAAGCAGAAGGAAGAGAGUGCAUGGGCAAGCGAUGAUGAUACAGAGAUCAAAACGACUGAGAAAAGGAAUAGAAAACGCAAAAAAGAUGAUGUGGAGGAAAAUGAACCUGAUGAAGAGGAAUUGGAGCGUCUACGAGAUAUUGCAGAACGUGAUGCAUUAGCCAACCGUAUCAAGGAAAAGGACAUGGAAAAGACCAAGCGUAUGGUGGAGGAUCGAUCAUCAAAAGAAGGCAGCGAGGCACGUAAACGACGUAAUUUGGCUGACGACAAAGAUGCACGAAAGGAAGUCUUGCCAUCACUUCGAGAUCGAUCACGUCAAGAAUAUCUCAAAUUGCGUGAACAACAACGUCUUGAACUUUUGAGAAAGAAGAUUGAAGAUGAAGAGUUCCUUUUUGCGAAUCAAAAGUUGACAAAGCGGGAGAGACAAGAACAUGAAUACAACAAGCAGGUGCUUGCCCUUGCUGAAGCUCGUAUGCAGAUUGACAACAAAACGGAUGGAUACACGAUGCCUGAAGAUUAUAUCACUGAGAAGGGCAAGAUCGAUCGCAAAAAGAAAGAGAGUGCACUCUACAAGCGUUAUGAGGAGGAUGAACAAUUCGUUUCGGAGCAAGAUCAGUGGGAGCAAUUGCAGAUUCAGAAAUCGGCACGAAGAGCUGAGCGAGAAGCAGAGGAAGAUGACUAUGACUACGUUUUCGAUGAGGAUCAAAAAAUCGACUUUGUCAUGGCAGCCAAGUUGAAUGAGGAUGAAGGUGGUGAUGCCGAGUUGAUGGAAAGGAUCGAUGAAGCAGAACGUAAAGCUCGCUCUAUUGAGGAGACUCGAAAGUCAUUGCCAAUCUAUCAGUAUCGCGACGAGUUGAUCCAGGCUAUUAACGACUUUCAAGUGCUGGUGAUUGUUGGUGAAACGGGAUCUGGAAAGACGACACAAUUACCCCAAUAUCUUUAUGAGGCGGGAUACACAAAGAAUGGAAUGAAGAUUGGAUGCACACAACCUCGACGUGUAGCAGCAAUGAGUGUGGCAGCACGUGUCGCCGAAGAAAUGGGCGUUCAUUUGGGUGGCGAAGUCGGCUAUAGUAUCCGUUUUGAAGAUUGUACGACUGACAAGACCGUGGUAAAGUAUAUGACAGAUGGCAUGCUUCUCCGUGAAUUCAUGACGGAACCAGACUUGGCUUCGUACAGUUGCAUGAUCAUCGACGAGGCUCACGAGCGUACUUUAUCAACGGAUGUUUUAUUUGGCUUGAUCAAGGAUAUUGCUCGUUUUCGACCUGAUUUGAAGCUCUUGAUUUCAAGCGCAACGAUGAAUGCUCAAAAGUUCUCCGAAUUCUUUGAUGAUGCACCCAUUUUCAACAUCCCUGGUCGACCUUAUCCGGUUGAGAUUUACUAUACCAAGGCUCCUGAAGCCAAUUAUCUACGUGCAGCCAUUACACAGGUGUUGACUAUUCAUGUGACUCAAGGACGUGGUGACAUUUUGGUUUUCUUAACUGGCCAAGAUGAAAUUGAAGCUGCAGCAGAAGGAUUGACUCAGGCGUGUAAAACGUUGGGCAGCAAGAUUGGUGAACUUAUUGUUUGUCCCAUUUAUGCAAAUUUGCCAUCCGAGAUGCAAUCCAGAAUCUUUGAACCGACCCCUGAAGGAGCACGUAAAGUGAUUUUGGCCACCAACAUUGCCGAGACAUCAAUCACUGUGGAUGGUGUAUCAUACGUCAUUGAUCCAGGAUACGCUAAGCAAAAGUCAUUCAAUCCUCGUACUGGUAUGGAGGCUCUUACUGUCACCCCAUGUUCACGCGCAUCAGCAACACAGCGCGCUGGUCGUGCUGGUCGUACAGGCCCUGGCAAGUGUUUCCGAUUGUAUACGCAAUGGGCCUUUUACAAUGAAAUGGAUGAAAAUACCACCCCUGAGAUUCAACGAGUAAACCUAUCAAACGUUGUGUUAUUACUCAAGAGCUUGGGUAUCGAUGAUAUUCUCAACUUUGACUUUUUGGAUCCACCCGUGGAAGAUACCUUGAUUCGAGCAUGUAGUCAAUUGUAUGCGUUGGGAGCUUUCAAUGACCGUGGCCAGUUGACCAAAUUGGGCCGAAGGAUGGCUGAAUUUCCUAUGGAUCCAACAUUAUCCAAAUCAAUCGUGGCAGCAGAAAAAUACGAGUGCACUGAAGAGGUGGUUUCCAUUUGCGCUAUGCUUUCAGAACAAAGCUCUUUAUUAUAUCGACCCAAGGACAAGAAGCUGCUUGCUGACACUGCACAUCAAAACCUAGUGAAGCCGGGAGGUGAUCACCUGACAUUGCUCAACAUCUGGAACCAAUGGGUGGAAACUGAUUAUUCCAUACAAUGGUGCUAUGAGAACUUUAUUCAACACAAAACUUUGGAUCGAGUACGCAACGUGCGUGAUCAAUUGGUGCAGUUGCUUGAUCGUGUCGAAGUACCACUUGUCAGCAAUCCCAAUCCUGCCGAUGUCGUCCCUAUACAAAAAGCUAUCACAUCAGGCUUCUUCUUCAACGCUGCUAGGCUUAAUCGAUCGGGUGAAUCAUACCGCACAAUCAAACAAAGCCAGACUGUACAUAUCCAUCCAAGCAGCAGCUUAUUGGAGAAACGGCCAAAAUGGCUCAUUUAUUUCGAGCUCGUGCUUACUUCAAAAGAGUACAUGCGUCAGGUCUUGGAAAUACAGCCACAAUGGUUACUUGAUGUUGCUCCUCAUUACUAUACACAAGAAGAUCUGAAUAACUUGGACGACAAGAAAAAGAUGCCCAAAGCACCGAAGAAGCAAUAA